AUGUCCAGCCCCAAGCCCGGUCGUUACGGUCUUCGCCUCACCAAGGCUCGCGAGCAGCGCAUGAAAGCGCACGCGACGUACCAGCCGCAGACCCUCCUGGCUUUCGAGGAGCGCGAGCCGCUCUCUCAAUCACCAUCCAUCCGCGCGCUGGCCCAACAACGCGAGCUCGCCAACCUAGGCUCCAAGGCAGUCGUUAGCGUCAGCGCGACAGGCGAGGGAAUCCACAUUGUCUUCAACGAAGACGACGAGGCUCCCAAGGCCCAGCUCCCUCGCCCGGCCGACAGUGCCAAUCGCCCGCAGCGCAACGCGUCCAUCACCCGCCGCCUCGGGUCCAUCCCCCACAUCCAUAUCACCGGGGCUUCCCCGACCGUGACUCCUCAGAACUCGAUGACCAUGUCUAUGCGGCUCAGGAGCGCAAGCGUGGCGUCUGUUGUGAGCGCACUCCCGGAGGAGGCCUUCCUUACGCCGCGCAGGUGGACCCCGACUUUCCACCGCACUCCCAACGCGCCGGUCAAGAAGGUGCCGGGUCGCGCGACGCCGAUUGCGCGUGCGCGUUCGCCCUCUCCGCCCAUCGUGCGCGCUCCUCUCGAGCGCUCACCUUCCGUCAGCCCCUUCAUCACUUCCUCGACCAACACCACCACCACCAAGAAGUCGCUCUUCCCGAAGCGUGCGGAGCAGACUCAGCGCCGCAAGUCGGCCCGCCUCGCUAACGACCCCGCGAAAUCGACCGUUGCAGAUGUUUGCCAGGCGCAGCGCCGCGAGGUCGUGCUCGAACAAGUCGCCGCGCGCCAUAUCCGGCGCCAGUCGCGCUCGCCGAGCGUCGGGCCCGGGUUCGUAGCUCAGCAAUACGGAGCGGAGACGCGCGCGCAGAAGCACCAGCACCGGCGCGACCUUGGCGGUAACCCUGGCCCGGACUUCUCGCCCGACCCCGCUUAUUCGAGCCAGCCGCGCUACCAGGACCUCGAACCCUUCUUCCCGAAGGAGGUCAACAACGCCCAACAGCAGGAGCAGCCGGUCGCUGGCCCGUCGAGGCAGCGCCGCAUGCGCAUCGCGUCGCCGACUCCUGGCCCUGCGCGUGUGCAGGUGACGGACCCGACGCCCACGAUCUCGCUCGCGGAGCGCAGGCUCUUCGCUGCGCGUAGGGGCCCGGUCGCUCAGGGUCCCGUCUGGGCGACUGACAACGGGCGCGUGCUCGUCGGUGCCGACGGCCAGCCCGAGCAGCCUCAGCCCGAAGAAAUCCGCACGCUCACCGUCCGCGGACUUGGGCCGAACGGGACGGAGCAGUUCGACGGGCUCGGAGCGCGCAUCUUCCAGGUGAAGGAGACGGUCCAGCGCGGAUCGGAAUGGUAUUUCCAGGUUUCGGCGGGCUCGGGUGCUUUGCCGACGCUGGAGGAGGAGUGA